AUGGAGGGUGAUCCUGAAGAUGCUUUUGAUUUUCUUGAUGAAAUUGCAGAGAAAUCUCAAAUUUGGAGCACUCCCAACACAUUUGAGCCUAAUUCCCAAAAGGCAAAAUCUUCCAUUAAUCCUUCUAGCGGCGGUAUUUAUCACCUUAAGGAGGAAGAUAGUCUCAAAGCUCAAUUGGCAACAAUGGCUAGGGAAGUUGAAACUCUAAAAUCAAAAUUGCCUCAAAAAGUUAAUUCAAUUGCAAGUCAAGAAAUUUUUGAGAUUUGUGAAGUUUGCGGGGUCAUGGGACAUGUAACAAAAGAGUGUCCAACACUUCCAGCUUUCAGAGAAAUGUUGCAUGAUCAAGCAAACUUUGUGGAAGGACAAUCAUCGUCAUCAAAUUUGGAAGAUGUUAUGAAGCAAUUCAUACAAAGCCAAACUGCCACAAAUCAAAAGAAUGCACAAGACAUUGGUGAGAUUAAGAGCACUCUUUCCAAACUCACUUCUUCACUGUCAAUUCAAGAAAAGGGUAAAUUUCCUUCUCAAGUCCAACCUAAUCCACAUGCACAGUUAGAGGAUUUAUGCACUAUCAAAAGAAAGCACAAUGUUGAUAAGACCGCAUUUUUAACUGAAAAUGUAAGUGCAAUUCUUCAAACUAAUACUCCACCCAAGUACAAAGAUCCAGGUUGUCCCACAAUUUCUUGUAUUAUUGGAAAUUUUAUCAUUGAACAAGCUUUAUUGGAUUUGGGUGCUAGUGUUAAUUUGUUGCCUUACUCGGUUUAUAAGCAAUUGGGUCUUGGUGAAUUAAAACCCACCUCAAUAACAUUGCAAUUGGCUGACCGUUCAGUCAAAAUCCCAAGAGGUAUGGUGGAAGAUGUGCUGGUUCAGGUACAAGAACAUAAUGGUUGGAUACCAAAAUAUGAGGAGCUGCCAACUGUGAGUGAUGUGACAAAAUCAUCAAGAGAAGAAGCCCCAAAGUGUGAAUUGAAGCCUCUUCCUGCUGGACUUAAAUAUGCUUUUCUGGGAGAAGAUGAGACCUAUCCUGUGGUAAUAUCUUCUAAACUAGAGCUUUUGCAUGAAGAAGAUGCUAAACCAGUUAGGCAGGCUCAACGUAGACUUAACCCAACAAUGAAAGAAGUCGUGCAAAAAGAAGUACUUAAACUUUGGGAUGCAGGAGUCACAGUAGUUGAAAAUGAUAAUGGAGAAAUGGUACCAACUAGGGUCACUACUGGAUGGAGAAUGUGUAAGGAGAAAAAUUUGGUGCUUAACUGGGAGAAAUGCCAAUUCAUGGUCACAUCUGGCAUAGUACUUGGACACAUUGUUUCUCACAAAGGAAUUGAAGUAGAUAAGUCAAAAAUUGAUUUAAUUGCUAAUCUGCCUAUUCCUAAAACUGUUAAAGAUAUUAGAUCUUUUUUAGGACAUGCAGGUUUUUAUCGGAGAUUCAUACAAAAUUUUAGUGCGAUUGCAAGGCCAUUGAAUAAUCUCUUGGAGAAAGAUGCUAAAUUUGAUUGGAAUUAUGCAUGUCAAGAAGCAUUUGAGAAAUUGAUUAAAAUGCUAACAUCAACUCCUGUAAUGCAGCCCCCAGAUUGGUCCAUGCCGUUUGAAAUAAUGUGUGAUGCUAGUGAUGGUGCUAUUGGUGCAGUGCUAGGCCAAAGAAAAGACAAGAAGCCUGUUGUCAUCUGCUACGCAAGCAGAACUUUGAAUAGUGCACAGAAAAAUUACAAUACAACAGAAAAAGAAUUGCUUGCUGUAGUUUUUGCAUUGGAAAAGUUUAGGUCAUAUAUUUUGGGCUCACAAAUUGUUGUAUUUACAGAUCAUUCGGCCUUGAAGUAUUUAUUGACAAAGAAGGAAGCCAAAUCACGAUUGAUUAGAUGGAUUUUGCUUCUCCAAGAAUUUGAUCUUACAAUCAAGGACAAGAAAGGAGUGGAGAAUGUUGUUGCAUACCAUCUUUCUAGGAUAUCUUUUGAGGAGCCUUAUGAAUAUUUGCCUAUAAAAGAUUCAUUUCCUGAUGAACAAUUGUUUAGUGUUUCUACAUUACCAUGGUUUGCUAACAUUGUGAAUUUUCUUGCUACAGGUCUUAUUCCACCUCAUUGGACCUCACAAGAUAAAAAGAAAUUUAUGAUUGAGGUGAGAAAAUUCUUUUGGGAUGACCCGUAUCUCUUCAAAUAUUGUCCCGACCAGGUAAUCCGUAGAUGUGUGCCUGAUGAUGAAAUAUUUAGUGUCAUAUCUUUUUGUCAUUUUGAGGCUUGUGGAGGUCACUUUUCUUCCAAAAAGACUUCGGCCAAAAUUCUUCAAUGUGGUUUUUAUUGGCCUAGACUUUUUAAAGAUGUGUUUGGUAUUCCUAGAGCGAUCAUCAGUGAUGGAGGAUCACAUUUUUGCAACCGACCAUUUGAAGCUUUGAUGAAAAAAUAUGGGAUAACCCAUAAGAUUUCCACUCCAUACCAUCCACAGACAAAUAGUCAAGCAGAACUUGCAAACAGGGAAAUCAAGCAAAUUUUGGAAAAGACGGUGAAUCCAACCCGGAAGGAUUGGUCAUUGAGACUAACUGAUGCCUUGUGGGCAUACCGUACUGCAUACAAAUCACCUCUUGGUAUGUCUCCAUAUAGGCUAGUUUAUGGUAAACCUUGUCAUUUACCUGUUGAAUUAGAACAUAAAGCAUAUUGGGCUAUCAAAUUGUUUAACUUUAGUCUUGGAGAUGCAGGGCCUUUCAUUGUUAAAAAAGUUUUCCCAUAUGGGACUGUUGAAGUUGAGGAUCCCAAGAAUGGAAAUAUUUUUAAGGUUAAUGGCCAACGACUUAAACCUUACUUGGGGAGAUGUGUUCCAGAAGAUGAGACAGUUUCUUUGAACAAACCUGUUUACCAGGAUUGA